UUCGGGCAUAUAGACUGGAUCAUCGUGCAGUGGCUGGCCGGAAAGCGAGUUCUCGCGAGUCUUCUGUCCCUUCCCCGUACCACAUGCUAGCUACCGGCCGUCCAGCGCCUCCUCUCGCGAGAGCAUGCCGGGACUUCCUUUUCCCUGUAACUUUCUUUUUUUUUUAAACUGUAUCAGCAAACUUUAUCAAAACAGAUUUUUAAGCAGACAGUUUGUUAAAAGUAGUUAUGCCCAGGCCCGACGACAGGGAAGGACAAAGGGGACAAGCGUGCAGUUCCCCAUGUGUUUGAGGGGCUCCGAGUUUCAGAGACUAAAAAAAUGCUCAGAAGCAUCUAUUAUCACUUUGUACAAUACCAGCUCUGCUAAAUAAGUACAAAAAAAGAACCGGUCAGCCACAGCAGCAGCCAAUGCAUCCAAGACGCCCCCCUCCGAUUACCAGUCACUUGGUUCAUUCCGGGUGGUGUCAGCGUCAUGACGCUGAUGCUGCGCUGCAGUGUUGUUGUUGCUGCUGCUGCACUGUCCUUUCCUUGUGUCUUGCAGCACCCGCGCAGCCUGAGCUCCGCAGGUGUGCUGCCCAGCCUCCCGUAGUACACACAGGCUAAAUCUUGUGACGGGGCAUUUACAGAUAGCAGCAGAGACCCUGGCUGUGGUGAUGAAAAGAGGACAUGUGUGUUGAUGGCUGUAAUGGAGAGAUCUAUUUCCCACCCUGGUGGACUUUACUCAACCUGACAUCUUUAUGCAAAUGAACAGUUCAUAGAGGAGGUGCACAACCUUCAAGAGAGGAUUUCCAAAACAGUACCAGAACAGUCAUCUGGCACAUAUUGGAACAAGGAAGCACAGGACCCCAGCCAAAAUGAGUUCCCUCUUGGAACGUCUCCAUGCCAAGUAUAGCCAGAAUCGACCAUGGCCCGAAACAAUCAAGUUGGUCAGGCAAAUCAUGGAGAAAAGAACUGGUAUGAUGACUGGAGGUCAUCAGCACAUUGUUGGCUGCCUGGAAACUUUACAGAAAGCUUUGAAAGUGUCUUCCCUCUCUGCCAUGACUGAUCGCUUGGAGUCGAUAGCAAGACAGAAUGGUCUUACAUCACACUUAAGCCCUAAUGGCACAGAGUGUUACAUAAGUUCAGACCUCUUCUACUUAGAAGUUCAUCUGGAUCCAGAAGGCCAGUUGUGUGAUGUGAAAGUUGCCCAUCAGGGUGAAAGCCCUAUGAGCAGUCCGGAACUUGUACAUCAAUUAAGGGAAAAGAAUUUUGAGGAUUUUUCGCAGUAUUUGAAGAGUCUGGUGAACUUGUACAAGAUGCCAGGAGAUAAGAAAAUGUUUUUAGCGCUUCAGUCUUUGGAGAUGGACCUCACAAAAAUGGCUGCAAUGUACUGGCAGCUAACCAAUGCCAGUGUACUGGACAAAAUACUCCAGGGAACAGUUGGGUACCUGACAGCAAGGAGUGGAGGUCAUGUAAUGAAUUUGAAGUAUUACAUCACUCCAUAUGACCUAUUUGAUGAUAUCACAGGGGCAACCAUAACUCUGAAUGAAGGACAUGCACUUCCUCGAUCACUUGGUUUGAACGUAUCUGUUACUAUUGAAGCCACCUCAGCAAUAUACAAGCUGCCCAUCGCUCCUCUGAUAAUGGGCUCUCACCCCAUCGAUAAUAAGGGAACGCCUUCUUUCUCCUCCAUUACCAAUACCAACAGUGUGGACCUCCCUGCUUGUUUUUUCCUUAAGUUUCCACAACCCAUUCCUGUUUCCAGUGGUUUUAUCCAAAAAGUUCAAAACUGCACAGGUAUUCCUUUGUUUGAUACCCCUCCAACCUUCUCGCCUCAUUAUGAGCUGGUCACCCAGUUUGAGCUGGCUAAAGAUAAAGAUCCUCUGAACCAUAACAUGCGAUUUUAUGCAUCUUUGCCAGGCCAGCAGCAUUGUUAUUUUCUCAAUAAAGAUGCCCCUCUCCCUGAUGGGAGGAGUCUACAGGGGACCCUACUAAGUAAGAUCCCAUUCCAGCAUCCUGGGCGAGUCCCUACCAUCCUCAACCUCAUCAGACAUCAAAUGGCCUGCAACACACUGAUUGGAAGCUGUGUGAAGCGCACCAUAAUUAAAGAAGACUGCCCUAACCUCUUGCAAUUUGAGGUUUCUCCUCUAUCUGACUCCUGCAUCAGCAUAUCCUUCCAGCAUCCGGUCAAUGAUUCUUUGGUGUGUGUUGUUAUGGACAUUCAGGACUCCACCCAUGUGUCUUGUAAACUGUACAAGGGUCUUUCUGACGCCCUUAUCUGUACGGAUGAUUUCAUCACCAAAGUGGUUCAGAGGUGCAUGUCUAUCCCAGUGACUAUGCGAGCCAUUCGCCGGAAAGCAGAGACUAUUCAAGCAGACACACCAGCUUUGUCCCUUAUUGCAGAGACUGUGGAAGAUAUGGUUAAGAAAAACCUUCCUCCAGCCAGUAGUCCAGGCUAUGGCAUGACCACUGGCUCUACAGCCUUAAGUGGUAUCACUACCCCAACCAGCUCCUAUUCCUCAGGACCUAUCACUGCUCUCUUCAACAUGGGUAUAAAGGAACGACAUGAUUCCACAGGACACGGGGAAGACUUCAACAAAGUAACACAGAAUCCCAUACUAACCAGCCUACUUCAAAUCACAGGAAAUGUGGGUGGAAAUCUUGGCUCAAGUCCCACACCUCCCCAUCAUACACCACCCCCUGUGUCCUCUCCAGCUAGUAAUACAAAGAACCACCCCAUGCUAAUGAAUCUUCUGAAAGAUAACCCAGCACAGGACUUCUCUACUUUAUAUGGCAGCAGCCCCCUUGAGAGACAGAAUUCUUCUGGGUCUCCUCGUACAGAUCUAUGUCCAUCAGGAACUGGUAAACCAAAGAAAAAAAGGCCCAGGACAGGUGCAGAAAAGAUGAAAAACCAAACUGAAGAUGACUUCCAAAGGGAGCUCUUUUCUAUGGAUGUGGACUCUCAAAAUCCUAUAUUUGAUGUCAGCAUGGCAGGUGAUGCCCUGGACACACCUCACAUCACACCAGCACCUAGCCAAUGUGGCACGCCACCAACUGUGUACCAGCAGCCGAUGACGCAUACUCAGUCCGGCAUGCAAAGAAUGGUGCGUCUUCCCAGUACGGACACUAUUAUCCCAGAUGUGACAGAUAUCCUCUCAGACAUAGCAGAGGAAGCUUCAAAGCUACCAGGAACCGGGGAGGAUUGCCCCAGCCUUGGCACCCCUGUCAGAGACUCCUCUAGUUCUGGCCACUCUCAGAGCACCCUCUUUGACACAGAUGUAUUUCCAGUAGAUGGUGCAAGUGGUGGAGACAAUCCAUAUGCAGACGCUGCUGAUCUUAUUGCAGAAGCAAAUGGAAGCCCUAAUAGUGACUCUUCUAAUAAUUUUUUUAACAGCGUGGAUUUUAACCCAGAGCUACUGAACAGCCAAAGCGGUUUUACUGAUGAUGGUAUAAACGAUGACAGCAGCCAAAGUGAUGAUCAUGAUUUUAAAGACUUUUCUGGGCAGGGAAUAGCAUCACUGGGUGUAGUUUCAGGAAUCCCUGUUGAUGGGAGCGAAGGCAAAUACAAGGUAGGGCUAGGAGCUGAAACUGUAGAUUUUAGCAUCAUUGGGGGUGGUAAAGGACUGGGUGGGGUGGAUAUUCUUGAGGCACAUAGUAGAAGCCAGAGCCCAUUACUUGGUGGAGAUUUGAUGAAAGAUAGACCACAAAAGCAGAGGGUAAAAGAGGGAAGUAAUGGGGGAGUGGGUGGAGGAGGUAUGAGUGUAAUUCAGGGAGCAGGACUUGAUGUAAAGUCUGGGAAACGAAGCAGAACACCUUCAAGCGAUGGCAAAAACAAAGAUAAACCCCCCAAGCGCAAAAAACCUGAGUCCGAUGGCAAGUCACCCUCACACAUUGCUAAUCGGCCAUUCACCCCACCUACUAGUACUGGAGGUUCAAAGUCUCCAGUGACUUCAGGAAGAUCACAAACGCCUCCUGGCAUGGCUACUCCUCCUAUUCCCAAGAUCACUAUUCAAAUUCCUAAAGGCACAAUGAGUGCUGGGAAGCCAUCUUCCCAUAGUCAGUAUUCAAGUAGUGGUUCAGGAAAUUCAUCAAGUAGUAAAAGUCAUCAUGGCCACUCCUCAUCAUCCUCCUCCUCUUCUGCAUCAGGUAAAAUGAAGAACAACAAGUCUGAAGGGUCUUCUGGGAUGAAGAUGGGUGGUGGUGGAAGUGGAAUCUACACUGGCCCAAGUGGGUCAGCAGGUAGCCAGUCUAAAAGUGGUUCUCAGUCCCUGGGCAAGCAAGGAUCUCCCAUUACCAAGCAUGGGCUAGGAAGUGGAGGCAGUAGUUCUGGGAGUAGCAAGACUAAACCUCAAGGAAAGCCAUCAGUGUUAAUGAACCCCUCACUAAGCAAACCAAACAUCUCCCCAUCACACUCCAGACCUUCUGGAGGCUCUGACAAACUUUCUUCCCCAAUGAAACCAAUGCCUGGUACUCCUCCUUCCUCUAAAGCAAAAUCACCUAUUGGUUCAGGGGGUUCCCAUUUGUCAGGUGGAGGUUUGAAUACCACUAUGAAAUCAUCAUCAAGUCUUGUGUCUUCAGGAUCUCUUUCACAGAAGCCAAACUCCUCCUCAUCUUCAUCUUCAUCCUCAUCCUCCUCUUCCUCUUCUUCUUCAUCCUCUUUUUCAGGUGGCUCCAAUGUCUCCCAGAAUCUCCAUGGUAGCUCAAAAGGGAAGUCUCCAAGCAGGAAUAAAAAACCCUCACUCACAGCUGUUAUAGAUAAACUUAAACAUGGGGUGGGAACAGGUGGGCCCGGUUCAGAGGAUCCUAUGGAGGGUUCUGGAGGGAGUGGAAACCCUGGAGCUCCCAGCCAUGGAAUUUCCUCAAAACAUGGACUUGUUGGAGGUGAAUUCCCUGCAAAGCGGGAAAAAAGUGAAAAAGACAAAUCAAAAGUUUCAGUCUCUGGUGGAUCUUCUGAUCCUUCCAAGAAGGGGGAUUCUAAGGGCUCGGGGAGUACUGGAGUAGCCAAGAUUAUUAUCAGCAAGCAUGAUGGAGGGUCACCUAGCAUCAAAGCUAAGGUAACUCUGCAGAAGCCUGGAGAAGGAAGUGGAGAUGGGCUGAGGUCACAAAUGCCUAAGAGCUAUGGAUCCCCUUUGAUAAGUGGUUCAACGCCAAAGCAUGAGCGUUGCUCUCCAAGCCACAAUAAAUCACCAGCAUAUACGCCACAAGCAAUUGACAGCGAAAGUGAGUCGGGUUCCUCUUCCAUUGCUGAGAAAUCUUAUCAAAAUAGUCCUAGCUCAGAUGACGGAGGAGGAGGAGGUGGCGGCAGCCGUACUCAGCCAGAGUACAGUGCAGAGAAACACAAAAAGCACAAAAAGGAGAAGAAGAGGCUGAAGGACAAGGAUAGGGAGCGUGAGAAGAAAAAAUCUUACAGCAUGAAGCCAGAAAGUUGGUCCAAAUCACCAAUUUCAUCUGACCCUACAUUAUCCCUGGGUGGAAGCUCACUUUUGUCCUCAGACAGAGCAGCACGGCCAAGUCCAAACUAUUUAAUGGGUGAAGAUGAUGAUUUAAUGGAUGUGGCUCUGUUAGGGAACUGACAUCUACAUUAUAAGACCUAGAUUGAGUGUGGUGGCUAUGUGUGCUGUUUUAGUUUUAUUUGUCCUGUUGCCAGUGGGUUAAAUUUUGUAUUUCAGUUUGACCUAUAUGGCAGUGAAUAGGAUUAAUACACUAUUUUAUUUUUAAUUUUCCAAUUGUAAAAAUAAUUACUUAGCAAAAACAAAUCCUACAAGGCAUUACAAAUACAGUUCUUACUACUUUUUAUUAUAUAUUAACGCUGCAAAGCCACCUAUUUACCAAUAUGCUUCUUCCCCAUCCUUUAAAGCCAUGUGGCUCUGUAGUUCAUCUUCGAGCCUUAGCCGAAAAUCAAGGCUAUGUGAUGCAAUGUGGGGAGGGAGCAGUAAGUAGCAGCAAUCCCUAUGAUUGUAACUUCGAUUGGUUACCUAGCUGGAUUACAAAUUUGUGUUCUAAUUGAUCCUCUUGCUCAAACCCUUCCUGACUACACUUCCAUCUCCAUUUCUAAGUGGCAGACUUCAGUGUUAUUCUGUGUACAUGGAAUGCAGCUUUAAUAUUAAUGUGUCACCUACAGACAAUGGAGGCAAAUAUUUAGUGGGGGGUAUCCAAUUACCAGUGCUAUUUUUUGUUUUGGGCUGAAAAAAAUGGGCCACUGUUGCGAUUUUAGCCGAUAAUCAUUAUUGUGCUGUUUAAUUCUAGCCCAUUUUUUUGUUUUGUUUUUCAGACACAAAAAAUGUACUCGCUUUUGGACGAAAACACAUGGGAUCCAGGAUAAAUUCCUGGACCCGUGUGUUUUUGCUAAAAAAAAAAAAAGUGAAAUACCACUGGUCUCUAAGGCUGGUUAUCGAAACGUAAUCCCCGAUAAUUGCUGGCCAUCAAGGCUAAUUGGAUAGCACCUGGGGGAUCCUUUAGCCGCUGUAAUUUACCGCAGCUAAUUGGAUACAGCCCUUAGUUUGCUGAACCUAUAUGUCCAUGUUAAUACAACCUUUCCAUUUAAUAUAAACUAGUGACCUUUCUGAGGAAUGAUGGACAGUUGUCAGUGUUUCCUAAUGAAUUAAUAAGCCAAAUAUAUAUUGCUUUCACUGUGUGUAAGCAAUGGGUUCACGUUAAAAUUAUUCAGUAUUAAAAAGAAAGAAAAACAGAAUAUACAAGACACCCAAAUAUGGUGCAUAAUUUAAGAAAUAAGUUGACCAUGCUGAAAAAGUGGUUUGUGCUCCUGGGAAUGUAUUAGAAGGAUGUACAUUACUGAACUGAUUUUGACUGGUAAAAGACAAUACAUCUUGAAGUUUUAAAUAGUGUCACACCAACUAAAUUCAGCUGUUUUAUAAAUGCCUUAUUUUUUAAAGUAUCCCACUAAUCUAUUUGAUUUUAAUUUUAAUAAUUAUAUUUUAAGAGGUUUACAUUUAUUAUGUUUUGUAAAUAACCUAUUCCUAUAUGUAAAUAAUUCUGUUAUUUUUUUUUGUUUUGAUUUUUCAUUCUACUCAGACUUUUUGAAAAGAGUUCAGGAAAUGUUUAUGAAAAUAAAACAUUUGGUAUGAAA